GUUUAUUCCACCAGAUUGCUAACCCUAUUAAUUACAGGCAUACGUUGUGAUAGAUAAACCGACUAGUCUAGUGAUCACAAAACCGAUUUUAAGUAUGUAUUCGUAAUUCCCAAAACUCUCCUCCUUCCCGAAACCCCCAUUAAAGCCCCAUUAGUUCGAAUCGAAGGAAUAAAUGCACUCCUUCCCGGAACGAUCAUAGGGAUUUGCCGUCGGGCUCGAACAUGAUACUCGUAUAUUUAUUAUUCCACUAUUUUCCGUUGUCAUUCUAUCCGAAUUCGUGAAGCUGAAAAGUCGAAGAUGCUUUCGGUGACUUUGGUGACUCUCGUGCUCCUAGCGAAUGAUCAAUUAGUGCGCGGUUCAGUGAUCAGGCAAACGAAAAUCAACCGAACUCGCUUCGAAUAUACGAUAGAUGAUCUGCGAAGUGCCAAGUAUCCGAUGAAAACUUCCGACGAUUUUUACAUGGAUCCCUGCAAAGCUCGUAAUUUCUUGGAAGAUAUUGCUCUAACUCCUGAAGAUAGCGUCGAAAAAUGGAAGAAAUCCUACCCUACAAUCGAAAAGGAAUACAAACAAGAUGAGAAUCAAAUCAAAGGAAACAAAGAAUCAUUAGGAAACAAAGAAGCGUUACAAAACAGGUUGAACGAAGAGGUGUUGUCGAAAAGGAUUCCAACGGAGGAAAUUAAAUUAUCUCACGUGCGCUUGGAGAGAGCGGUGGCAACGAAAAUAGAAAGAAUUUGGGAUUACGGCGUGAUUCCCUACGAAAUCGACGAUAGCUUCAGCGGCUGGCACAAAGCCCUGUUCAAGCAAGCCAUGCGACACUGGGAGAAUUUCACUUGCAUCAAAUUCGUCGAGAGGAAUCCCGCGGACCAUCAGAAUUACAUCGUGUUUAUGGAAAAAUCCUGCGGUUGUUGUUCCUUCGUGGGGAAAAAAGGAAACGGAGCUCAAGCCAUCAGCAUAGGAAGAAAGUGCGAUAAAUUCGGAAUAGUUGUGCACGAACUAGGACAUGUUAUUGGAUUCUGGCACGAGCAUACAAGACCAGAUAGGGACGAUCACGUCACCAUCCUCAAAGAGAAUAUACUCACAGGACAAGAUUACAACUUCAAGAAAUUGAACAAAAACGACAUCAGUUCUUUGGGUGUUUACGAUUAUAAUUCCAUCAUGCACUACGCUAGAAACACGUUCUCGAAGGCUAGUUACUUGGAUACAAUCCAACCGAUAAAUGUUCCAGAAGGCGUCCAUCCGAACAUAGGACAAAGGAUAAAACUGAGCGAAGGAGACAUCGAACAAGCUAACAUCCUUUACCAAUGUCCUAAAUGCGGUAAUACAUUUCAAAAACAUUCUGCAUCGUUUUCCUCUCCAGUGUACUGGAAAACGGUUCCUAAAGAGGGUGUAAAUUGUGAAUGGAGAAUAACAGCAACACACGGAGAGAAAAUAACCCUUAAUAUCAGCAACCUGGACAUUCGUAAAGAACCAAAUUGCAAAACCGACUUUUUGGAAAUCAGAGACGGUUACUGGUUCAAAUCGCCAUUGUUGGGCGUAUUCUGCGGCACAGGAAACUCGAUAUUAGUGAAAUCUACAGGCAGCAGGAUGCUGGUUACGUACGUUUCGAAAAACCCGUCGGGAUAUAGCGGAUUUACGGCCAAUUACGAAGCGGUGUGCGGUGGAGAAUUAACCAUAGACUCCGAAGAUCACCUGGAAUCCCCCAAUUACCCCGACGAAUACCGAGAAAACAUCGAGUGCAUUUGGAAACUAACAGUUCCGAAGACCUAUCAAGUAGCCCUACGGUUCCAAUCGUUCGAUUUGGAGAAUCACGACAACUGCGCGUAUGAUUACCUGGAAAUUAGAGAUGGAAUAGAUUCGAACAGUCCUGUUACGGGAGUGUACUGUGGCCAUAAAAUUCCCUCGGAAAUUAUAUCUACUUCCAACGAAAUGACUAUCAGAUUUCUAUCCGAUGGAUCCGUUCAAAAAACCGGCUUCUCCGCCGUGAUUUUCAAAGAAUACGAUGAAUGUGCUAAAGUCGAUCACGGAUGUGCUCAACUUUGCGUUAAUACUUUAGGAAGUUUCUAUUGCUCGUGUCGAAUAGGAUUCGAACUCCAUUCUGACGGUAAAAAUUGCCAAGAUGCUUGUGGAGGAGUUUUCAAUCAACCGAACGGUACAAUAACAUCACCGUUGUUCCCUAAUUUGUACCCGGCGAAUAAAAACUGCACCUGGGAAAUCAUCGCGAGUCCUCAGCAUAAAAUAACUGUGAAUUUUACGCAUUUCGACUUGGAAGGGAAUUGGAAUCCUCUGCCUCAGCAGCAUUGCGAAUACGACAAAAUCGAGAUAUUCAGUAAAUUAGAGAGCAACGAGUAUAAAUCCCAUGGUGAAUUCUGCGGUGAAAGGUUGCCUAACGUUAUCACCUCUAAGAGUAACACUUUGAGGAUAGUAUUUUCGUCCGAUUCCACCGUCCAAAAAAGCGGAUUCGCUGCGAUAUUCUCCGCAGAAAAAGACGAAUGCGCUGUGGACAACGGAGGAUGCGAACACGAUUGCAUCAAAACCCCAGGCACAUUCCGAUGCUCCUGCCACGUAGGCUAUAAUUUAGCAGCAAACGGGCGUUCCUGCAAAGAAGGCGACUGCACCUACGAGGUAACCGCCCCGCACGGGAUCGUCAACAGCCCCAACUACCCCGGCAAAUACCCGCCGAAGAAGAACUGCUUCUGGCAUUUCGGCACCAUCAACGGCCACCGGAUCCGGCUGGCCUUCCUGCUGUUCGACCUGGAGCCCUCCCACCAGGCGUGCGAGUACGAUCGCGUGGAGGUCUUCGACGGCGCGUCCCCGGCGUUCCCGACGCUCGGGAAGUUCUGCGGCUCCAGCCCGCCGCCGGUCAUCCAGAGCUCCGGCAACCACAUGUACAUGACCUUCGUGUCGGACUCGUCGAUGCAGAAGAACGGGUUCCACGUGACCCAUUCGACGGUGUGCGGGGGCAUCUUGGAGGCGACUUUCCGCCAGCGGCAUAUCUACUCCCACGUGGCGUUCGGAAAGGAGAACUACGGCAAUCAGACGAACUGCGACUGGACGAUCGAGGCGCGAGGGGGGUUCAACAUCAGGCUCUCCUUCGCGGCGUUCGACGUGGAGGAAGAAAGAGGUUGUGGGUACGAUUAUGUGGAGGUGUUCGAUGGGUUGGAUUCCAGCGAACGGUCGUUUGGAAAACUGUGCGGAUCUGAGAUACCUUCUGUUAUAAUUUCUUCGCAAGGGGGAUUGUUGGUGCAGUUUUCUACGGACGAGUCAAUUACCCGGAAAGGUUUCGAUAUUAUAUACGAGUCGUACGACGAUUUUUUGGUAGAAGAUAAGGUUUGA